AUGCAGUGCAAGGCACCCAAGCAGUGCCUGUAUGGCCAGUGUGUGUGCCCCAAAGAUACUUGCGGAGCAGACUGCAAAGAGGUACGUUCUGCAAUCUAUCAACCGACCAAACCUGAUACUGACUAUGUGAACUACAGUGCAAAGCUCCUAAGCAGUGCCAGAAUGGCCAGUGUGUGUGCCCCAAGGACACUUGCGGAAACGAUUGCAGGAAAUGCGAACAUCCUAAGUAUUGUUUCUAUGGUCAGUGUGUCUGCCCAAAGGACACCUGUGGGCCGGACUGUAAGAGAUGCCUCCCUGGAAAGGAAUGCAAAAACGGACAGUGUGUCUGUCCUAGAGAUACAUGUGGACUAG